AUGUCGACAGUGGAUGACAUGUUGCCGCCGCCGAUGACCCCCACCGAGCGCGGGGGGUAUCGGCGGACCUACGGAGGCAACAACGCCUUUCACAACUUUUACAACGAUUAUUCUCACAUUUCAGACCCCGGACUACGGAGACGAUUGGCGCUGAGCGAAAUUGACAAGGUCCCAUUUGGCUUUUACCACGUCCGAGCGAUUUUGGUAGCAGGAGUUGGUUUCUUCCUCGACUCGUAUGACAUUUUCGCAAUCAACCUGAUCGUCACCUUGCUCGGCGUUGUGUUUUGGCAAGGAGGCCCCGAUCAAGUUUCCCAUGGUUACGGCGGCAACAAUGGCGAACUACCAGCCUCAGUGAACUCGGCCUUGAAGGCUUCGACGAGCGCUGGAAUCAUCAUCGGCCAGCUGGUGUUCGGCUGGUUUGCCGAUGUGUUUGGCAGACGAAAGAUGUACGGGGUGGAGCUUGGCAUUAUCAUUUUGGCAACGUUGAGUGCCGCACUUGUGUCACCGAGCCAGUCCGUCAGUUUCACGGGGCUCAUGAUUUUCUGGAGAGUCAUCAUGGGCGUGGGUAUUGGUGGCGACUAUCCCCUUAGCUCAGUUAUCACAUCGGAGUUUGCUCCUACCCGCUGGAGAGGAGCCAUGAUCGCCGCGGUUUUUAGCAUGCAAGGCUUAGGGCAGCUUGGUGCCUCUAUUGUGGCUCUCAUCACCGCCGAAGCCUUCAAGGAGGCUUACCUAGACGUCACCAGCAUAUCCACCUGUCAUGAGCGGUGCCAACUUGCGGCAGACCGUUCUUGGCGAAUCAUUGUCGGAGUGGGAGCUCUACCGGCCUGUUUGGCCUUGUACUGGAGAGUAACCAUCCCCGAGACACCACGUUACACCUUCGACGUAGAGCAGGAUGUCGAGAAAGCCGAUGCCGAUAUCAGGGCUUACAUGUCCAGCAAGUCCAAGGGCGAGGUCGACCCCGAGCUGCAAUUUAAGAUGAGGAAAGAGACUGGGCCGGGCUACAACACCCCUAGCGCGUCAUGGCGCGAUACGUUUGCAUUCUUUACGGAGUGGAAGAACUUCAAGAUUCUCAUGGGCACCGCAUUCUCGUGGUUCUUUCUCGAUUUGGCUUUUUAUGGUCUCGGCCUAAACAACACAUCGGUACUUCAAGCCAUCGGCUACGCUGACGGUGAUAAUUUGUAUCAAAAACUACACAACCAAGCUGUAGGGAUGAUUAUUCUUUCUUCUGCCGGAGCUAUUCCUGGUUACUGGGCAAGUGUAUUUGCCAUCGACACGAUGGGCCGCAAGCCUUUGCAAAUGCUCGGCUUCUUCGUCUUGACCGUACUUUUUUGUAUCUUGGGCUUCAUGCUGCAUCAGCUUUCUCAUCCGGUCUUCCUCACGCUUUACAUUGCGGGGCAAUUCUUCUUCAACUUCGGACCGAACACUACUACUUUCAUCGUACCCGGAGAGUGCUUUCCAACCCGAUACCGCUCAACUGGCCAUGGUCUUUCCGCAGCGAUGGGCAAGGUUGGGGCCGUCCUCGCGCAGAUCAUCAGUAUCCCGCUCCUAUCGAAAGACACGCCGGCCGACUGUCACGGCAACGCAUGCUCGCCCUGGCUCGAUCGUCUUCUCGAGCUAUUCGCCCUAUUCAUGUUCUGUGGGAUGGUAUCCACGCUGCUCAUCCCUGAGACCAAGGGCAUGACGCUCGAGGAGCUGGCCGGCGAGACGCCAACAACGUACGACCGCGGCCGCAACGGCAGCAUAUCGGACUAUCCACGGUACAGCGGCAGAUGGAACCCCUUUGCAGGAGGGCACCCCGCAGGCUUCCACUAUCCCCGUUCCAGCCACUUCAGAGCCGCCCGCGCCGGUAUCAUGACGUCCCCCGACAUUCUGGCCGAGGAGGAGCGCAGGAAAAGGCAGACCCGGUUUUGGCGCAAGAGGCGGAAGGACAGAGGCGGUAGCGGUGGCAGCGGCGGCGGCGGCGGCGGCGGGACGGACGAUCGCCCCGCGAGCUUCCGCAACAGCGGCAUCUCCUCGUCCUACGGCCGCUCGACCGGCACCUCCGACGGGCAGGCGCCUCCGGAGCCGACCGCCGACGGCAACUUCCCUACCUGGGGCGCCGGAUGGGGCAGGGUGGACCGAGGAGCGCAGCCGAUGGAGAACUUACCCCUCGGUCUCUUGAACGCCGCCCAAGGCCACCCCAUGCUCGUGGAGCUCAAGAACGGCGAGACCCUCAACGGACACCUGGUCCUGUGCGACACUUGGAUGAACCUGACGCUGAAGGAGGUCGUGCAGACGAGUCCGGAAGGCGACAAGUUCGUCAAGAUACCCGAGGUUUACGUGAAGGGAAACAACAUCAAGUAUUUGCGAGUCCCCGACGACAUCAUCGACCUGGUCAAGGAGAACCAGCAGAACAACCAGGGCGGCUUCCGCGGAGGCAGAGGAGGACAAAGAGGCGACCACGGCGGCCGCGGAGGAGAUAGGGGACGCGGAAGAGGACAGAGAGCGAGACUACUGAGCUCGCCCGCUCUUCUCCCACCACCGCGCACAAUCAGGAAUCGAUACCCCUCCAGUGCUCCCGCGCGCCACGACGCCGUUCGAACGCAAUGCCGACGAUACGGGGCCGCAGCGCCUCAGGCGAUACCCACGAAGGAGGAACUCGAAGCCGCAAGGGCCCGGCUCGUACCCUUAGGUGACAUCCCCGCAAAUCGACGGGCCAAACGUCGUGCCAGAAAGGAUGCCACCAAAGUCAAACCCGACCCCGAAAAGACAGUCCAGACUCUCCGAGAUGCGCCCGCGAGCGCGAUACACGAGGCAUUGGACGUCUUGCGAGGUCGGCCGGACAGCUUCGAGAAGGUCGUGACCAUGAUCACGCACCUGGUCACGGGGCAGGACGCCGAGCUGACACCGGCCAUGUACGAACACCUGGCGGUCGCGAUGGCCGAUGUCAAAGGCUCGGCGGCGACGCUCGCGCAGCUAUUUACGGAGAUGAAGGAGCUGCGUCUGGCGCCUUCGCCGGCGAUAUGCCAUGCGGCACUUGCGGCCCUCGCGGUCCAUCCCGACUAUCUGAUCCGAAACGAGGUCCUUAAGGCCAUGCAGCAAUCAUGGACCGAAAACAGCCCCGAGGGACAGAGCCACGUCGUCCUGGGGCUGCUCCGCGACGGCCAGCUCGAACUCGCCCUCGACAGGCUGGAGGAGAUGAUUGACCAUGACCGCGUGCCCGUCGAACCCUGGGUCUUCGACGUCUUCAUCUUCGUGUUCGCGCAGCGGGGCUACGUCGAAGAAGCAGUCAAACUGGCGCACAGCAAAGCGCACAACUCCCACACCGAGACGCACCUCUCCAUGUGGUACAUGCUCCUGGACGUCUGCAGCCAGGCGUACCACUACGAAGGCACGAGGUACAUUUGGGGCAGGAUGCAGGAGGCCGACAGACGUAAUUUGUCAGAGGGCGUCUUGCUCAAUAUUAUCAACACGGCCGCGAGGCAGCACGACUACGAACUCGUCACGAACGCAAACCGCCUGAUCGCCGACAGGGGCGGCAAGCUGCAGGCUCAUCAUUACGAGCCGCUGAUCGACUGCUACGGCGGCAUCGGAGACUUGAAGGGCGCUCUGCGUGUGCUCUGCAUCAUGUUCAACGCCAUCUCCGUUGCGCCGUACGCCAGCGCGCGGUCUGUCUAUGAGUGGGUCAAGAAACAUCCAGACAGCCUAGACUCCGCCCUCGAAUCCCUGGCUGCGCUGAAGCAGGACUACAAAAUCCCGAUCGCGGCGCUCAACGUGCUCGUCGAGGCCGCGGUGGAGACACACGGGUAUGAGAAGGCGUUGCAGAUUUACCAGAAUGCGCAUAACUACACGGAAGCGCCCCCGAACCACGUCACGCUGCGCUACCUCCUGCAAUCGUGCCAAGAUCCCGACGCUCUCAGGACCCUGGUGGCCGGGGAUCUCGAGCUGGCGCUGAAGGCGGACCGCAACGUCUUCGCGGCGGUGAUUUACGAGCACCUCCAGACGGGCGAUCUGGAUCUCACGUACAAGUGCGUCGAGAUGCUGGGCGAGGCCCCAGAUCCCGACUCCGUGACCCGGCCGCAGAGCUGGAUCGACCAGAAGACGCUGCUGGCGCUCGUCAGGAAGUCGCUGGACGCGCAGGACGAGCGCGUCUGGUGGCUGGUCGAGCAGGCGGAGAAGAGGAACAUGGACGUCCAGACGGGCAUCGCGAAGCUCAUGGCGAACUUUGCGGAGGAGAUCAAGAGGGCGACUGGUAUGAGCGAGGAGAAGGAGGUUUUGGACGACGGGUCUGAACCGCGACACCCCUCGACGUCGUGA